AGCAGGAGCAGAGAGCAGCCAUUGCUGUGUCUGGCAGCAGGAUUACAAUAUAGUGAAGAAGACGUCUAAUGAGUGUGAGACACCCAGCAGCUAUCCCUGUGUAUCAGGAGGACUGAGUAGAACCUUGAGCCCCAUCACGGUGCCUCCACCUCAUUCACUGACACAUGAGAGACACAAUGACCAGAAGAUCCUGGAACUCACCAACAAGAUCAUUCAGUUGAUGACUGGAGAGGAUUACAAUAUAGUGAAGAAGACGUCUAAUGAGUGUGAGACACCCAGCAGCUAUCCCUGUGUAUCAGGAGGACUGAGUAGAACCUUGAGCCCCAUCACGGUGCCUCCACCUCAUUCACUGACACAUGAGAGACACAAUGACCAGAAGAUCCUGGAACUCACCAACAAGAUCAUUCAGUUGAUGACUGGAGAGGAGGGGAAGUGUAUAGAGGAACACAGGGGUCUGUACAAGGACGUGAUGAUGGAGAAUCACCGGACCCUCACAUCAUUGGAUGGGCCCAGUAACAGAGAUACCCCAGAGAGAUGUCCCCGUCCUCUUUAUUCCCAGGAUUGUACAGAGGAGAAUCACAGGAUGCCACAGGAGGAUCAGGGUGAAGCCCAAAUAAAUAAUGUUAAAGUCAAAGAUACAGAGGAAGAAGAAGAGACGUAUAUGACUGAUAUAAAGGCAGAAGAUACAGAGGGAGAAGAAGAGACGUAUGUGACAGAUAUAAAGGCAGAAGAUACAGAGGGAGAAGAAGAGACGUAUGUGACUGAUAUAAAGGCAGAAGAUAUAGAGGGAGAAGAAGAGACGGAUGUGACUGAUAUAAAGGCAGAAGAUAUAGAGGGAGAAGAAGAGACGGAUGUGACUGAUAUAAAGGCAGAAGAGAUAGAGGGAGAAGAAGAGACGUAUGUGACUGAUAUAAAGGCAGAAGAGAUAGAGGGAGAAGAAGAGACGUAUGUGACUGGUAUAAAGGCAGAAGAUACAGAGGGAGAAGAAAAGACGUAUGUGACUGAUAUAAAGGUAGAAGAUAUAGAGGGAGAAGAAGAGACGUAUGUGACUGAUAUAAAGGCAGAAGAUAUAGAAGGAGAAAAAGAGACGUGUGUGAGGGGUGAUCAGAAGUGUAAGGAGGAGGAGAUCCCUACAGAUAUCAGCACAGAUGGACACACAAGCAGGAAUAUCUCAGAAGGACAUCUAAUGUUAUCCCCGGAUUGUGACAUAAAAGAUGAUGACAGUAGACAGAAUUCUCCAGGAGCUAACCCCAUUACCCCAAUUAUACAUCCAGCUCUAUCAGCUGAUCCCUCUGAUCCUGGGAAAUGUUCUCCUGAUCACUCUGAUAUUGGUGUAUCUGGUACAGCUCUGAGAGUAGAUAUAGUGUUUCCCUGUUCUAUAGAUGCCAAAUGUUUUACACAGAACACAAAGCAUAUUAACCCACAUACAGGUAAGGCAGGUGAGAGGCCACUGAAAUGUUCUGAGUGUGGGAAAUGUUUUACCUGCAAAUCACAACUUGUUACACAUCAGCGAAGUCACACAGGUGAGAAGCCAUUUCCAUGUUCUGAGUGUGGGAAAUGUUUUACACAGAAAUCACAACUUGUUACACAUCAGCGAAGUCACACAGGUGAGAAGCCAUUUCCAUGUUCUGAGUGUGGGAAAUGUUUUACACAGAAAUCAAAUCUUGUUAUACAUCAGAGAAGUCACACAGGUGAGAAGCCAUUUUCUUGCUCUGAGUGUGGGAAAUUUUGUUUAACUAAAUCACAUCUUGUUAAACAUAACAUAAGUCACAGAGGUGAGAAGCCAUUUCCAUGUUCUGAGUGUGGGAAAUGUUUUACACAGAAAUCAAAUCUUGUUAUACAUCAGAGAAGUCACACAGCUGAGAAGCCAUUUCCAUGUUUUGAGUGUGGGAAAUGUUUUACACAGAAAUCAAAUCUUGUUAUACAUCAGAGAAGUCACACAGCUGAGAAGCCAUUUCCAUGUUCUGAGUGUAGGAAAUGUUUUGCAAACAAAUCAGAUCUCAUUAGACAUCAGAGAAGUCAUACAGGUGAGAAGCCAUUUCUAUGUUCUGAGUGUGGGAAAUGUUUUACACAGAAAUCACAACUUGUUACACAUCAGCGAAGUCACACAGGUGAGAAGCCAUUUCCAUGUUCUGAGUGUGGGAAAUGUUUUACACAGAAAUCAAAUCUUGUUAUACAUCAGAGAAGUCACACUGGUGAAUAGCCAUAUCCAUUUUCUGAGUGCGGGAAAUGUUUUGCACGCAAAUCAGUUCUUGUUAUACAUCACAGAAGUCACACAGGUGAGAAGCCAUUUCCAUAUUCUGAGAAAUAAAUCAGAUCUUCUUGCACACAAUAGACAUCACUCAGGUGAGGAACCAUUUUAAUCUUCUGGAGUAUACUUAUCAUUGCCAUGCGUUAUUCUUCAAGAUUCUUAUCGUAUCUCCUAUGCUUUUUGCAAUACAUGUUACCACUGGGUGAAAUAAUCAGAUGUCAUGCCCUCAUCUACCACUGCUAUGCAGAUGACCUGUCUUUCGCUCUGGGUACUGAGAACCCAAUACCAAUCCUAAAUGGUUGUCUGGCUGAGCUCCAGGUGUGGGUGAUGCCAGUUGGCUGUGACUCAGUCCUGGUGAAACAGGUCCUUAUGAUAGAAGCUCACCAACAAAGGGCAGGGCUACAGCUCAGCUUUGCAAACAAACCAGACUUGCACUUGGACGUUCAGAGUUACAUAAUGCUGAUCAUGUGCGGAAUCUUGGUGUCCUGGAUGGUGGAGUGACACUUAGACAUCAGGUAUCAGCCACAAUCAGAUCCCUGUGGACCAUAGCCAGACUCCAGCACUUAUUUCCCUCAGAAGAUCUACCUGAAGUCAUACAUGCACUUGUAUCAUCACACAUAGACUACUGCAAUGUCCUCUACCUGGGUCUCCCAGCAAAAGAAUUGCACCGCUUGUAGCUUGUACAGUAUGCAGCAGCCAGGCUGUUACCUAACCAGCCCGUUCCUGCCACAUAACACCUAUUCUCUGCUCCCUUCACCGGCUGCCUGUAAGAUGGUGAUUUACAUAAUCUUACUGACUCUCCCAAUCCUACAUGACCAGGGUCCAUGGUACCACAAGUAGCUUCUGCCUCCUUACUGCCCAGUUACUUCCAUCUGCAGAUGAAGGACUGUUACCAGCAGUACCAAGAAUCCCCAAGCAGUGCUGAGAUGUCAGGGGGGAGACA